AAGUUAUUUAUAUAGCUCCCACUCUCAAGUUUUCCAUCAACAACAAAGACUUUGAAACAAAACAUUACAUUUCCAAAUUUCUCAAUGGAUUGGAUUAGAGGAAGAAUCAUCGGCCGGGGCUCGACCGCAAAUGUCUACAUGGCUGAGCACCGUGGUGAUUUUGGCGAGGUUUGUGCGGUGAAGUCUGCUGAGCUUCACCGCGCAGAGUUUUUGAAGAAAGAACAAGAGAUUCUCUCUAAGUUGAAAUGUUCACAAAUUGUGAAUUAUCAAGGAUGUGAAGUUACGGUUGAGGAUGGUGUUCAAUUGUUCAAUAUGUUCAUGGAGUAUGCAACUAAGGGGACUGUUUCCGAUGCCGUUCGCGGUGGAAAUGGAAUGGAAGAAGCUAUGGUGAGGUUAUAUGUGCGACAAAUUCUACUUGGACUUAACUAUCUUCAUUCAAAUGGGAUAGUGCAUUGUGAUUUGAAGGGACAAAAUGUGUUGUUGACGGAACAAGGAGCGAAAAUUGCGGAUUUUGGUUGUGCUAGGAGGGUGGAAGAGGAGUUGGUGAUCUCCGGUACACCGGUUUUUAUGGCGCCGGAGGUGGCACGUGGCGAGGAACAGGGGUUUUCUGCUGAUGUAUGGGCUUUGGGAUGUACUAUGUUGGAGAUGAUCACCGGGAAAAUGCCGUGGGGUGGAGUUUCUGAUCCGGCGGCUGUUUUAUAUCGAAUUGGAUUCUCCGGUGAUAUGCCGGAGAUUCCUGACUCUGUUUCGGAACAGGGGAAGGAUUUUUUGAGGAAAUGUUUGAAGAGAGAUCCAAAUGAGAGAUUGUCUGUGAUUGAGCUUCUGGAACAUGAUUUUGUUGCUGAGAAGUUUAAGGAUUCGGUGUUUGAUUCCGAAACUCCGACAACCGUGUUGGAAGGUGGAUUUUGGGAUUGGGAUUCUUUGGAAACAACUCAGGAGGUGGGUCCCACAGCUGAUCAUUGUUCCUCGGAUUCUUCGAGUUCGAGUUCGAGUCCAAGAGACAGAAUUCAAAGAUUGUGUUCAAAUGAGGCUAUUUGGGAAUUUGAUGAUGAUGAAGAAUGGGUUACUGUGAGAAACAAUGGUGAGGAUUUGAAUGCAUUGUCAUUUGAAGAAAAUGAAUCAGACAAUGAAUCAGACAUUGUUUGUGAACAUGAUGAUGAUGAGAUUAGUUUGGUAAUUUUUUAUGAACCAAAAAUUGUAGUUGAAUUGAGUACAAGGGAUUCCAUUUUUGAUUAUUGGUGUUUUAGUAGCUGCAAUUGUAGCUGUUUUGUUAGAGAUUUUUUAUCAGUUUAUCAAUGCAGAAAGAUUGUUCUCUAUGUAAAAAUUUAUUCUCAGAAUAAAGAAAAUUUUAUCAUGUCCUGCUUUCUACAUUUUGUUUUAUCUUUAAUUUUCCAUCAGAUAGAUAAUUUGAACAAUAUAAUCGUCGUAAACAUAGUUCAAUUAGUAGAAACAUUGCAUGUAAUAUGCAAAACUGAAGCUUGA